GUACUAGGGCAGUAGUAACUAGUUGACUAUCAGUCAAUGUGAAUAUAUCAGUUGGAGCAUUCUUUUUGGCCCUUCGAGGUUUACGAAAGCGUGUUGUCCAGUUUAAAUCAUUAACAAGUGAUCUCUGAUAUAGCAGGAGUUACCCAGACAAUAUGCGGAAGUAAGGAAAAAAAAAAAAAAGGAAGAAAGAAAAAAAAUUAAAAGGAAAAGAAAGAAAAGGAAAAAUAUCGUUUAAUAACAAGAUAAAUGAUCGAUCGAUAUUAAAGAUUAUAAUAGGCAAAUAAUUUUCAGAAUUUAUUGACUUUCAUGAAGCUGGGCUACGCGAUGCUAAUAGUGACUCUAUUAUUGAUGAUUUGGUCUUCGAUGGUUCGAACCCAUGAAUUACCAGUUCAAUAUCCACCAUGUUUCUUCAAUCCCCUUUGUACCUGUUCAAAAGCAAUACCAGAUCUUGGAAUAGUUUCUUGUUACAAUGUACCAAUGCCAAGAAUACCACAGCCUAUUAAUUCAUCGAAAGUAUUUAUGCUCCAAUUGGAAAACAAUGGACUGACCUUUUUGCAACCGCAGUUUCUCAUAAAUACAGGUCUUUACAAGUUACAAAUCAAACAUAAUCCCUUGGCCGACAUCCCGGACGAAGCUUUCCUAGGGCUUGAGAGAUCGUUAUGGGAAUUAGAAUUACCCUACAAUAGACUUUUCAAAGUACCCAACAAAUCAUUCAGACAUUUGCAAAAAUUACGUUUACUCGAUUUAACAGGUAAUAAAAUAUCGAAUAUAGCGCCGGAACAUUGGAGGGGUCUUGAGGAUUCAUUACAAAUCUUACGUCUUGGUCGUAACGCGAUCGAAAAGCUGCCGGCUGAUGCAUUUGCCGGUUUAUCGUCAUUAGAAAUUCUUGAUCUUCGAGAGAAUACCUUGAAAGAGAUCGAUACCUCCGUAUUUAGAGAUGGCAUGGCUAAAUUGACACAUUUAUAUUUGAAUGAUAAUCAACUGGUUUAUAUACCGUACGCCCAAUUGUCCUCGUUAAAACGUAUGAAGGUCCUUGAUCUAAGCUACAAUAGAAUAUCCAAAAUGUUACAUCCACUUCAGGAGCCCGAAUUAAGGGGCGUACAAAUGUCCUUGGAUAUUCUUAGAUUGGAUUAUAAUCAGAUCGCAACAUUAAUGCCUACGGAUUUUCAACAUUUUUAUAAAGUCAAUAAGACUUAUCUCAAUGGCAAUCCCUUGGCCGUGAUCGAGAGCGGAGCAUUCCGUGAUUCGAGAAUCAAAGAAUUGUACUUUAGCGAUUGCAAUUUGAUCGACGUCAAUUCGGCUGACUUUACAGGCCUCGAAACUUCUUUAGAAUUAUUGGAUCUAUCUGGAAAUAAUAUAACCAAUCUUCAGAAUCAUAUCUUUCAAGAAUUUGAUUUUCUACGUACGCUUAUUUUUCGUGACAAUCGUAUAGAUACAUUUUCACCAGUCGAAGUGUUCAAUGGUUUUCAAUAUUCUCUUUAUAACUUGGAUUUAAGUGGAAAGGAAAAUACCGUAAUAUCUUUACAAGAUUUACGACAAAUGAGAAAUUUAAGAUUCUUGUCGAUAUCGAGAAUGCCGGAGCCUACGUUGGUGCCAGAAAACUUUUUAGAAUUUGGCAUGGACAUCAAGGAAUUGCAUAUUAUCCAAAGCAAUUUGAAUACAAUAAAGAAUCAUGCGUUCACGCAUGUACGUGGAAUUAAAUAUUUGGAUUUCUCCGAAAAUUCAAUUUCUAGUAUCGAGGAUGAUGCAUUUUCCGAGGUCGGUAAUUCUCUUUUGACAUUGAGAAUAUCUCAUGGUUUAUCGAAUACUAUUACCGAGAUACCAAAUAAGCCGUUCAAGUCGUUAACGAAUCUUCAACAUCUUGACUUCAGUAAUAACAAAAUUAAAACGAUGCCCGACACGUCGUUUCAUUUUUUAAAGAGAAUAAAACGCAUCGAGUUACAGGACAACGAGAUCGAUGCAAUCCCAAAAGGAACCUUUCAGGGUGACAUACAUUCGAUGCUUGAGGAAGUAAAUUUUGCAUAUAAUCAGAUAAAGAGCAUACAGACCCAUACGUUUGUGGAUUUGUUGUCCCUAACGACGAUUAAUUUAGAGGAUAAUGCCAUUAAGAGAAUUGAGAGGCGUGCUUUUAUGAACAUGAAUCGUUUGAAAUAUAUAGAUUUACGUGGUAACAAGAUCAAUGAUAUUACAGAUGAAGCAUUUCAGAAUUUACCAGAUCUUGAAUUUCUCGAUCUGGCUUAUAAUGAAUUGAACGAAUUCGAUUUGACAUCGUUCGAUCAAGUAGGAACAUUAUCCUCGUUCAAAGUCAAUGUUAGUCAUAAUGUGAUACCAAAAUUGUGGAUCAAUAGUACGACCUUUACACCGCCAACUACAAUUGGUGGGAACGUUCAAGCCAACAUCAAAGUAUUAGAUCUCAGUUAUAAUAAUAUAUCCGACAUUAUGAAAUACUAUUUUAAACCGGUGGAAUAUUCUCUUAGUCACUUAUACAUGUCGCAUAAUCAACUGACCAAUGUGACUCAAGGAAUAUUUGGCAAUAUGCCCCAUCUCCAAUGGCUAGAUUUAAGUCACAACGAUUUAAUCGAGGUCGAUUUCGAUUGCUUUAGAAAUACGAAGAAUCUACAGGUCUUAUUUCUUUCGUGGAAUAACAUCGUUGAUAUACCGGCUGAGGCAUUGAGACCAUUAAAAAAAUUACGUAUCGUUGAUUUGUCCCAUAACAAAUUAAGAACUCUACCUGACAAUAUGUUCACGGAUGCCACCAUCGAGAGCCUUGAUUUAUCUCAUAAUCAAUUUAUGAGAUUACCUGUUAAAACUAUGUCAAUAUCUGCGGCAUUGAGUUUGUCUAUUUUAGAUUUGUCUUGGAAUAUUUUGUCAGGCAUUCACACGACCGAUGCUAUUUUUAGAUUGAGAGGAUUAACGUGGAUGGAUCUUUCGUAUAAUCGUUUAGUUAGACUGGACGACGGAGUAUUUUCCGAUUUACCUUAUUUGUCACAUCUUGACUUAAGUCAUAAUAAACAAUUGAUAUUAGAAACUCGUGGAAGAACAUUUCACGGAUUGGAGGAUACAUUAUUUUAUCUUGGUCUAAGUAAUAUUUCUUUAUUGAGCGUACCGGAAUUACCAUUAACGCGAUUACAAACUUUAUAUUUGGCACAUAAUGAAUUGGCUUCGAUACCGGCCGAAAUGGCAUCGAAUUUAACGUCGUUACAUUAUUUGGAUCUAAGUUAUAAUGAUUUAACGGUGGUACCUUUGAUCACGCACACACUUCCAGAAUUGAAGACAUUUAAUCUUGCUAAUAAUCCGAUCACGGCAAUAACCAAUACGAGUUUCUUAGGGGUGGCGGAUAGCCUUGAAGAAUUGGACAUACGAUGGUUAUCUUUGUCGACGUUCGAAGCAGGUGCACUUUGCAAGGCAACGAAAUUACGUAGAUUGUAUAUAACAGCUUAUACGGGUUUAAAAAAUUUCAAUUUUCCAAAUAUACUGGAGUACAAUCAUGGCUUGAGGGAUUUGUUGAUUGACGUUGAAAAUGAGACGGAUUUGCAGAAAGAAAUGAAAGGAAAAUUUCCAUUUAAAUUGUAUAAUAUUACGCUCACUGGGAAAGCUUUGAAAAUUAUUCAUUCGGAUAUAUUACGCGGAAUAAGAAAUCCUCAUUUACAUUUUGGAUUGUAUAAUACCAGCGUAAGUAGCGUGCCAAAAGAAAUGUUUAUUAAUGCUGAAUGGGUAAGGAAUAUAACGAUUGACCUUCACAAUACUGAUACGAGAACGCUUCAUAAUCCGUCCUCUGGUCAUAAGCCUGGUGUACCGAGAAAACAAUUUCUCAUGAAGCUUAGACUCGCUGGUACUUAUAUGAAUUGUGAUUGCGAUAUUGGAUGGAUUGAAAUGUGGCAGAGAAAGCAUAGACAGUAUCAAGAAGAUAGAUGCAAUUCUUACGGUGAAUUUAAUAAUUUCGAACGCGAGGAAGGCGACGAAUUUAAUUGUUGGGACAAUGGCUGGGACGAUGACCUUCGAGAGACCUUUUGUAUGAACAAAAAUAACAUGUCACUAUCGAAUGUCUUGAAAACAGAAAUUGAAUGUGGUUGGAGUACUGGGAGUUACGUUGACUCCUCUAAUUUAUUAAUUUUUUUGCUUUUCUUGAUCAUAGGAACGAUUUUAAAUUAAAUAUCUCUUUCUCUCUC